AAGUACCUAGGUACCUGCACUUCCGUCCAGGCUUCGGUCGCCAUCUCGUCUUUCCACCUCCAACCCCCAGACCAACGCUUUACCACACGAACAUUGAUCUUCCUCAUCCGAGAGGGAGAGAGCCCCUUGACGACUUCAAGCCAGCUCUUCGAGAUUAACCUGCGCUGCUAGAGGCACUUGAUCAAGAAUUGGCUGCAGCCCGGCGCAUGAGAGGGGUGUGAUAUCAUUACCCGAACGAUAACGACGGCGCAAACUCGACUACAAAUAGGCAGCUCCGAGCGAACUAGACAGCCAUGGAGGAAGAUCGUCUUUGGAAAUUUCGCAGGCCGGAAUGGCUUAACAGCGCUUGGACACGCAAUGCUGGCGUUUACGCCUCUGGGGCUUUGUUCUCCAUCGCCUUCUACGUCAUGCUCGACAGCGCCGUGUGGUCCAAGUCCUCGCGCAACGGGUCCGACACGCACGUCACCUUCGUCGACUGGCUCCCCCUCAUCUUCUCCAGCCUGGGCAUGCUCAUCAUCAACAGCGUCGAGAAGACCCGCCUGUCCGGCGACUCGUUCAGCUACUCGGGCAACGGCGUGGCGUGGAAGGCGCGCGUGGUGCUGUUCCUCGGCUUCGCCGCCCUUGCGGGUGGGAUGGCGGGCGGCGUGACCGUGUUCGUCCUCAAGUUUGUGGUCCGCGACGUCGCCAUGCCUGCCCUCGGCAUGGGCAUCGAGAACAUUAUCGCCAACGCCCUCGUCGGACUCAGCAGUGUCGUGCUCUGGGUCAGUCAGAAUAUGGAGGAUGAAUACAGCUACAACCUCUCUCUCUGAAAGCUGUUCCGGUGACAUAUGGGAGUUCUAGGUGGUGCAAGUGGGGAAUGGUCCCAUGGGUGUGAAGCAUCUUCCUUCAUUGUUUCAUGGACUCGGCAGACUGGGCUAGGGAUCUGGAAAAGGCGGUGCAGAUGGUAUCUGAGAUCUCGAUCCAGGCGGUAACGACUUGAAGAGAAGGGGCGCUU